UUUAAUUAGAAUUUCAGUUGUAACUUGGUUAUUUUCAAUCAAUACAAAUCCCUGUUACUGUUAUAUACAUCAAACUCUCUCUCUAGUUUUUUCUAUCACACUGAUAUAGAAAAUGAUGGCUGAAGCGAUACAACUUAUAAAAUAGUUUAUUGUGUUGAUAAUAUUUCUCGAUUGCGUUCUUCAAACUACGACAACCUCAGCAGCACAGUUUUCCCAUCACUUUAUGGUUGAGGAAGAUUCUUUCGAGAGGCUUUGCAUAUCAAAGAAUAUUCUCACCGUCAACAAGCAAUUCCCGGGACCAAUGAUAUACGCUCAUGGGGGAGAAACCGUGGUCGUAGAUGUUGAGAAUAAAGGCAAAAACAACAUUACCAUUUCAUGGCGUGGAGGCAGGCACCUGAGAUUAGACCCGCAUCAUACAACAUAUCAAUGGUUAAUUAAUUGAAGCAGGCACUUCAAUUAGGAAAAAGAUUACAUUAUCUGAAGAUGUAGAUGGUACAUUGUGGUGGCAUGCAAAAGAUAUGUGGCAAAGUGCCACAGUUCACGGUGCCCUGAUCGUUUAUCCCAAGCCCGGAACUCCAUAUCCUUUUCCAAAGCCUUACGAAGAAAUUCCAAUCAUUCUAGGCCAGUGGUGGAAGCGAGAUGUUCAUGAGAUUAUAUCGGAAUAUAUUGCCUCUGAUGGCAAGCUUCCUAAUUCCGAUGCUUUCACCAUUAACGGUCAGCUGGGAGAUCUUUAUCCUUGCUCAAAUAAUGAAACUUUCAAGAUUGAAGUUGAGACAGGGAAGAAUUAUCUACUGCGACUAAUAAAUGCUGCAGUGGGCAAAACUCUUGUCUUUGGGAUUGCAGAUCACAAGUUAACGAUAGUUGGAAUAAAUGGAUGGCAUACAAAGCCAAUGAGUUCAAUGGUGGACUAUGUAGAGAUAAAGACACAACAUUCAAUCGAUUGCAUUUUGGAGGCCAACCAACAGCCGGACUACUAUUAUAUGGCUGCUAGAGAAUAUUCCAGUUACAUUAACAUGGACUAUGAUCAUAACACGACAACCACAGCUAUCGUUAAAUACAAAGGAAAAUAUGUACCUUCGUCAACUCCUUCACUACCUUAUCUUCCAUCGACAUACUCCGGCGAACCUACUGUUAGUCAUACCAGGACAAACACAGUGCCUUAUUUUUAUGUACUAAUAUUUUUUUUAAUUAUUAGUUUAGGUAUUGGUGCUUGCGUUGUUGUUUCGUAUAGGAAUAGGGUAGCCCAAAGCUAGCUACAUUCUGAGUGUAAUGAUAUUUUGGUGCAAAUAAAUAUAGCUCAUCUUCUGUAAU